AUGGUUACUACUAAAAUUGCUACUGAACCUACUGACUUUAGAACUGCUUCCAUAACACAACAUUGGAACGACCCACCGCAAAAAAUAUUUCAUAAAGUUGAAGAUGAUCAUAAGCAACUAAAUUCUUCUCAAAUUUGUUUAAUAAUACAAAAAGCUCUAGAAAUUUGUAAGGACAAUGCAAAGAAUUCUGAUAAAAAGAUUAUUCUUGAUACCGAAAAAAGACUAGAAAUUUUAUAUGAAAAAUUAGAAAGUAAACAAUUAUCAGAAUCCGUACUUGGUAGAUUAGGUAGAUUAUGUGAAUAUUUGGAAUUAAAGGAUUUAAAUAAUUCUAUUACAAUUCAUGGUAAUUUAAUGACUACAGAUUUCGAUAAAGAAGGGAAAUGGUUAUUAGGAAUUAAGAGAUUAUUAGAUUUAUAUCAAAAAACUUUAAAAUAA